UGCCGUUGGAUUCUGGAUGAUAAACGGAGGUGAACUGUAAUUUGAUCCCAUAACUGGAGCAUAAAUCUCGAAAAGAGGAGCAGUUGAAUUGAGUUCCAUUAUCAGCCACAAUCUGGUUUGGGAUCCCAUAUCUGCAGAUGAUCGAGCUGAAAACAAAAUCUUCGACCUUCUUGGGGGUAAGACUAGAUAAAGGCCGAGCUUCAACCCAUUUUGUGAAAUAAUCCACACCAACAACCAGAUGGGUUACGCCACCAACCCCUUUCACGAAUGGACCCAAAAGAUCUAGUCCCCAUUGUGCAAAUGGCCAUGGUGCUACCAAGCUUGCGAGUUCUUCUGUAGGUUGAUGAGUUAGAUGUGCAAAGAAUUGGCACUUCGGACAUUUCUGAACAAAGUGGCAUCUUUGUACAUGUUCGGCCAGUAGUAUCCUUGUCUUAAGACUUUGUGAGCCAGAGUUCUAGCACCGACAUGGCUCCCACAGACACCCUCAUGCACCUCUCGAAGCGCGUAUUCAGCUUCAUAGGGACUUAAACACUGUAGGAGAGGAAGUGAGAAAGAUCUCUUAUACAGGACUCCAUCAACAAGUGUAUACCGAGAUGCUUUCUUCCUCAAUUUCAUUGCCUCCUGUCUGUCCUCAAGCACUAUCCCGUCUCGUAAGGAGACAAUUGAAUCAGUCCAGCUUGGCGUGUCAGGAUUUGUGCUAAUCUCCAUCACUCGAGGCUUUGUGAAGCUUGGUUCAUCUAAAACUUCUACAAAAACAGAUCUGGAGCUUAAAGAGCUAUCAGAGGCAAACUUGGAGAGUGAAUCUGCCUGUUCAUUCUCAGCCCGGGGGAUUUUACUCAGAUAGAAUUUCUGAAAUUUGCACUUCAGCUCGGCCACUAAGGCUACAUACUUUACCAUCACAGGAUCAACGACUUCGCAAAUAGAGUUGAACUGUUACUACCAGUUGGGAGUCACUGUACACUUGAAUUGCGCUGAUCUUCAACUCUAAUGCUAGUUGUAGGCCGAGUAGCAGAGUUUUAUACUCAGCCAUAUUAUUUGUCGCAUCAAAGUUGAACUUCAAAGCAUGUUCGCUUCGAUAACCGUCUGGACCAAUCAAGAGAGCUCAAGCCCCUGAACCUUUGCUACUAGAUGCCCCGUCAACAUAUAAGGCCCAUUCAUUGGGUUCUGGAGUAGAGGUUGAGGGACAUGGGGUGCAUUCAACAACGAAAUCUGCUAAUGCUUGAGCUCGGAUGGCCGACCUCUGCUGAAACGUGAUCUCAAACUCCCCCAGUUCUACUACCCACUUGAUUAACCUUCCAGAGCACUCUGAUUUCUGCAGAAUCUGCUGGAGGGGUUGAUCUGUGAGGACGAUGAUUGGGUGUGACUGGAAAUAUGGUCUCAACUUCCUGGCCGAAGUGACAACUGCUAGUGUUGCUUUCUCAGCUAUAGGAUACCUUAGCUCUACUCCGUGCAGCACACUGCUGAUGUAAUAAAUUGGUUUCUGCUGUCUAGCUUCUUCUCUCACCAGAACUGAACUAAUAGCCUCAUCUGAAAUUCCCAGGUACAAGUAAAGAAGUUCGCCAUCUACAGCCUUAGUCAACAGAGGCGGCGAGCUAAGAUAAGACUUCAGCUCUUCAAAUGCAGCUUAGCAUUCCUGAGUCCAUUCAAAUUUCUUC